CGUUCUUAAUAAUUGACCUCUCAUUUUUAAAUGAGACGACGACAAACUGAUAAGAUUAAUCAAAUGUCGUCUUGGUGUUAGUGGACACAACUAUGGCCAGGACUUUGAUGAUUUGUGCCUACUUUGUCUCAGUGAUAAUUUGCAUCGUUGCAAUGGGUAUCACUCUGGCACCUACGCCACCUCCACCGACAUGCCCAUGCCACAACGGCGGUGUGUGUUCAGAAUUAAAUUACACAUUUUUCGACUGCUUUUGUCCUCCACAGUACACUGGUCAAUAUUGUGAACAUGUGUUGAGCUGUUGGAGUUCGCCGUGUUUGCACGGGGCUUGUGAGGAAUUGACCAGUAUUAACUCUUAUAGGUGUGAAUGCGUAACUGGUUUUACUGGAGCAAACUGUGAGACUAAUAUUGACAAUUGCGUAGGUAGUCCGUGCAUGAAUGGUGGCGCAUGUAUAGAUUUACUGAAUUCCUUCACUUGUUUGUGUAGACUACCAUUUUCUGGACCCAGAUGUGAACACAAUCCCCAAUGCUACAGCUGUGAAGAUAUGUCCAAACUGGACCUUUGCGACACUAUCAAACAGUGCUCUGCAAAUGAAGUGUGUAUCGUUCAGCGCAGUCAACUAAAAUUUCGAUCUGGAUGUGUCAACAUUUCGGUUUGUCUCCCAACAAUUCAUUCCACGGAUGAUCAUUGCUCCGAAUGUUGCUUUGGCAACCUAUGUAAUGGCCGUGGGUGCGGUGAUUCAGGUAUGGUUGCAAGAAAUGAAAGGGGGCCAAUAUGUCUUGAUUGCAACCACGUUCAAACUAUUGACCAGUGCACGACGGUACGACCUUGUAAGAAAUACGAGAUUUGCAGCAUCGAAGAAUAUGAAUGGCUAGGCCAUUCACAUUUCAAACUCGGCUGCGUUGACACAGCGUGCAGCCCAAUCGGUAGUAGCAGAAAACGUUCGGUGCCACGCUGCAAGUCGUGUUGUGACCAAGACUUUUGCAACAAUAACUGCACAGCCCAGUCAGCACCACAAGCUAUUGGAUGAUGCCUAUGUGCAACAUUGUCCAGUUGGAACACAGCAGUUAAUAUCGACUACAGUUUGUGCAACUUGUACGGUUUAUCAAAUGGAUAAGAUCUUAUCAGGACAA